AUGCCAGCAAUAGCGCUCCCGGUCGCGCUGCCGGCCGCUGCCGCAUCGCUCGCCUACCUCAACGCGCGAUGGGCAGUCAGCAACGACUGGCGGAUCCUGAGCUCUGCCGCUCGCGCGCGGGCACGACAAGCACGGCUCGAGAAGAGAGACCGCAUUAGUAUCUUCUACGCGCUCGAGGAAUUCGCGACAGCGUCCAGAACGGCCGACCUGCCGUUUUUGGUCUUCGAGGGCACGACGUGGAGUUUCAGGCAGACGUACGAUAGCGUGCUCCGGUAUGCGGCGUGGUUACAUCACGGUCAUGGUGUCGAGUCACGGCAUAUCGUGGCGUUGGAGUUCAUGAACUGUCCGCAGUUUGUGUUUCUGUGGUUGGCGCUGUGGUCGCUCGGCGCGGUGCCGGCCUUCAUCAACUAUAACCUGACCGGCGCUCCGCUCGUCCACUCGAUCCGCGUGUCUACUGCUCGUCUCCUGAUUGUGGAUCCGGAGAUUCGAUCGGUCUUGACUCCGGAGGUGGAAGCGGAGAUCACUUCUCCUACAUUCCUCUCCCGCAGCAGCACCAGCAACAGCACCAGCAACAGCGACAGCGUACCCGCUUCCACCUCUCCUCUCAAGAUAGUCCACUUCACAUCGACCAUCCAGUCCUCCCUCCCCUACCAACCCGCCUACCGCGCUCCCGACUCCGCCCGCUCUCAUAUCCGCCCGCGCGAUCCCGCCAUCCUAAUCUACACCUCCGGCACCACGGGCCUCCCCAAACCCGCCAUCUCGUCCUGGAACAAAUUCAACGUCGGAGGCGCCUUCACCGCGUCCUGGAUGGGGCUGAGACCCGCCACGUCCCAAAAGCCCGAUCGCUUCUACAGCUGCAUGCCGCUUUACCACUCGUCAGCAGCCAUGAUGGGACUCAGCAACUGCCUCAUCAACGGCACAACCUUCGUGCUCGGCCACCGGUUCAGCAGCAGCAAGUUCUGGAAAGAGGUGCGCGAAUGCGAAGCCACGGUGCUCCAAUAUGUCGGCGAGAUGUGUCGCUAUCUCCUCGCCGCGCCACCCGAGGCCGAUCCCGACAAUCCGAGCGAGAACCUCGACAAGAAACACAAGAUCCGCAUCGCGUUCGGCAACGGCCUCCGGCCCGACGUGUGGGAGCGCUUCAGGACGCGCUUCGGCAUUGCCACCAUCGCCGAGUUCUACGGCGCCACCGAGGGGACAUCCGGCGCGUGGAACCUCAGCGCCAACUCCUUCGCCGCGGGAGCCGUGGGCCGCAACGGCAUGAUCGCCGGCCUGAUACUCAGGAAGCACAUCUGCAUCGUCAAGUUGGACUACGAGAGCGAGAUGCCCUGUCGUGAUCCCGAGACCGGGUUAUGUGUCCCCCUCCCGAGAGGCGAGGCGGGCGAGCUCCUCUGCGCGCUGGACCCGCGCGAUAUCGAGGCUCAGUUCCAGGGCUAUUUUGGCAACGAAGCGGCGUCCAGGAAGAAGGUAUUACGGGAUGUAUUGAAAGGGGGAGAUGCGUGGUUCAGGACUGGCGAUGUGAUGAGGUGGGAUGCGGAGGGGAGGUGGUGGUUCGUCGAUCGGAUCGGGGACACGUAUCGCUGGAAGAGCGAGAACAUCAGCACGGCCGAGGUGGCGGAUGUGAUUGGCCGUUUUCCCGGCGCCGCAGCUGGAGGAACCGGAGCAGGAGGAGGAGAAGAAGGAGUGGUGGAGGAGGUGAACGUCUAUGGCGUGCAGAUCCCCGGCGUCGAAGUCGAGGGCCGAGCCGGCUGUGCCGCUAUCGUCUUCAACACCUACAACAAUAACAGCAAUAAUCAGAAGACAGAAUUGUCGGAACGAGACAAAGAAUCCCUCAUGGCCGACCUGGCCACCUACCUCAGCAACUCCCUCCCCAAAUACAGCGUCCCCCUCUUCAUCCGCCUGGUCAAACACAUGGCCCGCACGGGCAACAUGAAGCAGCAGAAACACGUGCUGCGGAAUGAGGGGGUCGAUCUGCAGAUCGUGGAGGACAGGCAUGGCGAGGAGAUCUGGUGGUUGAGGGAUCACAAAUACGACGGUGGGCGUGGCGAGGAGGGAAGACGCUACGUCCGGUUUCGGCAGGGGGAUUGGGACGCCUUGAGGGCGGGCAGGGCGAGGUUGUGA